CAUGAAAAGAAAGUUAAAAGGAAUUUCAUUUCAGUUCCGUAGUGCAGACUGUUUUGCUAUAAAUAAUAAGGCAAUAAUUAAUGUCUGCUCAGUUUAUUGAGCUUAAUAGGUAGUAAAGCCUAUUUUCAGUGAAAGAUUUUUACUACCUCAGUAGUCGGUGCUGUGUAAUUAGCCAUAAGAACGUAUUUCAAAGUACAUUUGGAAACACGGUAUGUGAUGGAAAUGUCCGUUGUAAGGACACAAAUAACGCUAUGCUUAAUAGUAAUCUGUGGCCUCCAAUCGGGGAGGGCGGGAGUACUGCCACGCCCAGCCAUACGUGCUUGUGAGGAGAUAGAUGCUGGUCUGCGGGAAAACUUCAUACCGCAUGUAGCUGAAGGUACUCCUGUGGCGCUUGGAAAGUUCCCCUACAUGGCAAUUAUUGGUCAUCGAAUUGACAAUAACAAUUUAACAUUUCCAUGCAGUGGAGCUCUAAUUGAUAAGCGUUUUGUAGUAGCUGCUGGACAUUGCUUGAAAAACGGUAUGCCCGUGAUUGUACGCUUGGGUGUUACAAAUCUCGAUAACGAAGAACAAAGAAAUGGCAUGAUUGAAAAGAGAAUUAAAGCAAUACAUCUACAUCCCGAGUAUACAACAGCCUCCGCAUACAACGACAUCGGCUUGGUUGAAUUGGAUAGUGAAGUUUCUUAUUCUUCAUCCAUAUAUCCUGUCUGCUUGCACACCGCUGCUUCGGUUCCACUAAACAAUACUGAGCUGUAUGCCACGCGUUGGGGUGUCAGUGGUCAAAAGAUCGUGGGUGAAGCACGCGCUCGAAUUGUCCCGCUUCCAUUGUGUCGUGAUGCGUAUAGUAACUUCGUAACCAGGCGGCUUGCAGAUGGCAUACGAACAAGUCAAUUGUGCGCACACGAUGUUAAUGCCGUUGCAGACGAUUGUAAUGUUGCUAGCGGACCGAUGAUUUUAGUAGCAAAUGAAAGAUCGAAUAAAUAUCGUCUGAUUGGUAUCGAUUCUUUUGGUGCUCGUUGCAAUUCCCAAAUACCGAAUGUUCUUACUCGAGUGUCAGAAUAUUUAGAUUUUAUUGAAAGUCUGAUAUGGCCUCAUUGAAGAAUAUUGAUCUUGAUCGGUGAAUUCUCAGUGGACGGUAAUAAAUGAAAUGGAAACGUAAUUAAAGUAAUUUUUGUCUGGAUUAAUUCAUUUUAAUAUAUGUAUGAUGUUUUUCUAUUUCCGUUUGUAAUCUGCACCCGGGGUAGUUUAAAUAUAUUGGCCUAAAGGUUACCUUAA